AUGAGUAGCAGGCCUGGUAGCCGUGCGUUGCCUGCCUCGCGGCCGGAGGUGGAACUGGAAGGUUCCCUCGGAAUCGUGGGUCGCACGGGCCAACUAAAACGGACGGCCGUCCUCACUGCGAGAACUCCCAGGAAGCCACAGGUGCACUCAGAGCUGCGCAGACGGCCCUCGCACCCGCGCGAUGCCUUUGCGGCAGUGGCCCAGAACGCUCUGGGCCCACCGCAAUCACCGCACCCCUCACGCCCCUCACACGUGCGCACAGAGCCAGGAGGUCGCCUCUCAUUGGAGCGGGCUGCAGCGGCUGGAGGAGUGCUCGACAUCGAGCUGGAAGGCCAUGUGCCAGGAAGCCAGUCCAUGCCUCGGGACGGGCAAGAGCUGCGCCCACCGCACGGCCGGAACGACUCCAGGCAGGACGCGGCAGGAGCUGCCGGAACUGGGUCUACAGGCAGACCUGGUCGCCGGAAUAGCGAGUGCGCGAAGGAAAGCUGCUUCGAUGACCUCCCACGGCAAGGCCUCGAACGGAGAAGCUCGCUACCAGGAACCGUGCCGUCACCGGCUAGCGAGGUGAUCCGAAAGUCCUUGAACUCCACCCUGCGAAAGUUCGAAGAGAGCGAUCCAAGCUGCACUUCCGUCACCACCGCUCCAAGAAAGAGCGGCACGAGGCAUGCAGAGGCUACCACAGCACCGGGCGAUCGGCAGGAGGGAGAAGACCCCAAUGAGUCGGCGAGGCACCCCAUGACGACGGCAGAUUGCGCUGCCAUGGCACAAGGCGAUCGGCAGGAGGAGGAAGCCCCCAAGGAGUCGGCGAGGCAUCCCAUGACGAUGGCAGACUGCAACGAACUUGAGGGCCAGAUUGCGCCCAUGCGACGCCAGGUCUCACAGAGAUCAAAGACUGGCACCGGAAAGCAAGAUGCCGAUUCAGAGACCGCUGCCGCUGCACAAGCUGCUCGAGCACAAAGGCUGAGCUUUGCUCGCAAGCAAGAGCCUGGUGAGGAGCGGGAUCUUAUGGAUCUACUGCCCAUGCCUGAUGUGACCGGAGGAGGAGGUGAAGGCAAAGAGGGCGAACCCUGGAGAAAGGCAUUGAGCACGAAGCAACAAGGGGGGCAAGCUGAAGACUCCGUUGACACCUUUGAUGGUGGUUGGCUUCACGAUGCUGUGCAGAGAGAAGAGUUCUCAGAUGCGCAAGUGGAGAGGAGAUCCGGUGAGCGGCACCGGCCCCCUAUGUGGGGCACGCCUAUUACCUCGAAAAGUUCGGCAAUAAAUGGGGACGGCACGGCCGUGUCCGGUUCGUGCCGAGGACCGCCCUCCUCGGAGAGGGUAGAGCCGCCAGAGCCGCCAGAGCCGCCAGAGCUGCCCUCUGCCGAGUCCGUAGACUCUGCGGCUCUGGAUUCAACCAAAGAGGAAAUUGCCGACAACUCCGAAAGCGAGGAUACCCCGACCCCCGUGCAGCGGGCUCCAGAUAGAUCGCGCAAAAGAUCGAAGACUUCCUCCAGGAGGCCCAAGACAGAGAAGCUCGAGGAACGAGGCAACGAGGCCACGUCCGGUGCUGGUGCAAGGAACACGGCUGCCAGUUCAGGCAAGGGCAGGCGGCGCAGCUCGAGACGACACAGCAAAGGAACAGCCUCAGUGAGAGUGCCCGGAAAUAGCGAGGAGGCAGAGGGAGAAGCUGACGAGUCUAGGCCAAGGCGCCUUCGAAAGAGUCGGAAGGAGGAGUCGGACUCAGAGCCUGAGUCCGCUGUAACAGACAACGACCUUUCCGAAUUCCUCCAGGAGCUGUUUUCCCAGUACAGCACUUCCCGCGACAAGAAGGGUCGGCCCUUGAUGUCGAAUGCCGGGCUGAGGCGAUUUCUGCAGGACUUCACUUUCGGUCCCGGGAGCCGUCCCUCGCAGGCCGGGCAGGCGCACCUGGCUGCACAGGCCGAUGUCCGUUACGACGAAGAGAUCGAGCGCCAGAGCAACAUGCCCACCGUGUUCGAUCUCACCAAGGGAGAUGCUAACCGCGGGCUAUGCUUCAAGUCCUUCGAUAUCGUGGUAAACCAGGUCAACAUGCCAUGCUCCUCGAAGGAGAUGACGAAGAGGUGGUUUAUCACCUACUCCUAUGGCAUGGCCAACCCGACACCUGCAGAAGUGGCCGAGGCCAUGUACGCAGGCCUCCACUGA